UCAGGUGUGCCCAAAAUUGUGGAAAACAAGUUGAACUUAGUCGAUUUGGCCAAUGCGUAUUACAAAAUGAGCCAGUUAGGUUGUACCGACCAAGUUAAAUUAACUACAGCUUUCUAUGUAUAUAUGGAAUUGUGUGAAGUAAAACGCUACUGGGAUGUGGAUUACAAAUAUUCAGAGCCAUUACAAAUGUUUUAUCUUGAGGCUAAAAAAACUAAAAAGGGUACUCUUGAUACAUUUAUACCAUGGGCAGCAAUCCAUAAUAUUAGUUUAGGAUUGAUUAGUAAGAUCCAACAGGAAUUGAAUAAAGAAAAAUUUACUUUUGUCUUCAAAGAAGGAGAUACUUCAUCAGUUUAUUACAGCAUACGUUCAGGUAUUACAAAGUUAGUAUCACCUGAAGAAACCAAAGAUCUACGUCAAAAAGCAAUGAAAAAGUUUAAACUAGAAAGAGAAAUCACAAGAAAUACAGCUAAUUUGUAUGAACGUGCAUUAUUAUUGGCAAUGGAGAAACAAGAUGAACUUGCUAAGAUUCAUUGCAAAGUAGAAAAUAAUUUAGAAGGAACUGCUACUACAAUCAAAAUUGAUAGUACAGAUGAACCAAAUUUUGAAUUAAAAAUCUGCAGUGAUUCACUCGAUGGCAAACAUAAUGAUAAAUUGCAAAAAGAUAAUACACUAAGUUUUAAAUCUAAUGAAGUACAAAAUUAUUGAGUCAAUAUCACAAAGUGUAGACAUGAAAAAAUCAGGGUUUUUUCAAAAUACAAAUACAUAGAAAAAGGAUUGAUUGAAAUCAUGCAUUAACAUGACACUUGAGGUUUCAGAAAAAAACAUCUAACAUACAUAUUUAUCUAAUUUAUUAUUAGAAUAAACUUUAAUUGUAUAUAUGUAAAAAACUUGCAUAGGCAUUAUAGCUUGUAAUCACUGUAAAUAAGCUACCACUGAUACUACAUGCAUCAAAUAAAUUAUUUCUUAAAGUAAAGUUUGAUUCAGAUGUCUUUAAUCUUCAUCAUUGUAAGGAAAUGUAAAAUCAAGGCAGGCAUAUUUUCAUUCUUCAAAAAUACAUGUGGUAAAUAAGUAACAAACACUUAUUUAAUUAAAAACAUUCAUUAUUCAUUAUCUAAAUUAUAAUUAUAUAAUUAUAAAUUUUACUAAAGCUACAUGAAACUAUAGCUUACAGUUUAGAAAGGUUAGUAACCUUCUUGAUAACUUGAUUAAUAAAAAAUAUGAUUAUUUAAAACGUUAUUUAUUGUUUUAAAUUUUAUAUAC